AUGGUAUUUGCCUGCCAUCGCCAUACCGUGGCAGCAGCAGUCCUGUUGCUGUUCUGCAGCGCCCCCAACAGAAUAAAUGCAAAUACGAUAACCACCGCUCCAAAGCCUAUACCUACUGUAAACGCUCCAGCGACUUGCGAAUUUAGAACUAUCAACUACAUUACCGAUUCCCUCCCCCAGCAGUGCUUACGGUCUGCAUGGAGUAAUGCAAAUGCCACAUCUACAAGAUUUGAGGGGUCGGAGGAUGCAACCCUGGCUAGCCCACCAGUCGAGGGCACGAUAACCUCAAGCUCUAGUGUAUCCAGCCACGAUACCGCGCAGAGUGCUGAGGGAGUCGAGACAUUGCAACAGGAAAGUCCCUUACCGGGCGGAGCUGCAUCGAGCACUUCGAACCCCAUUCCCUCUGCGACAGAGACAAGUGAGCUUCCAUCAGCAGAUAUCUAUGGCGGUGAGCUGAACGAAGCUUCCUUCUUAUCCUUCGAAGAUUGGAAGAAGCAAACAUUGGAGAAGGCAGGUCAGCAGAAUGCAAAUAUAGGGAACAAAAGGUCAUCCGGAGCUGGUGAGAAGAAGAGGGAUUCGGACAGCUUUCAGAAUAACUUGGAUUCCCUAGGGGAUGAAGGGGAAAUAGACCUCGAUUUUGGACCCUUCAGAAGUGGAGGCAAGGGAGAAGAGUUUGCACAGAAGUCAGAGACCGAUGAAUCAGGUAUUCAGCCAGACUCUCAGGGCCAAGAUGGGGCGACGAAACGAAAGGACAUAUACCGGAGCAAAGAUGCUGGGAAAACCUGCAAGGAACGCUUCUCUUAUGCUUCGUUUGAUGCGGGAGCAACUGUCUUGAAAACACACCCCGGGGCCAAGAACCCCAAGGCUGUGCUUAUAGAAAACAAGGAUUCGUACAUGCUUUCAGAGUGUGCAACUGACAACAAAUUCAUUAUUAUUGAGCUCUCGGAAGAUAUAUGGAUCGAUACCCUGGUACUCGCCAACUAUGAAUUCUUUUCCAGUAUGAUUCGGACUUUCCGCGUCAGCGUCAGCGACCGUUACCCCGUUAAAAUGGAGAAGUGGAAGGAUCUUGGAACAUAUGAAGCUCGUAAUUCAAGGGAGAUCCAGGCCUUCCUCAUAGAAAAUCCGCAAAUCUGGGCACGUUAUCUGAGAAUAGAAUUCCUGAGCCAUUAUGGGAAUGAGUACUAUUGCCCGUUGUCCCUAGUCAGAGUCCAUGGAACUCGAAUGCUUGAGAGCUGGAAGGAGACUGAGGCUAAUGGUGAUGAAGAUGACAAUGAUGAGCAUGGGACUGAAGAGCAUUUCGUUCUUGAUGCCGUCGCAGAUGUCGUUCAAGAGGAAGAGAAACUUAAUGCGGAGCGGAAAGAAGCACAGGAGGCAAUUCAUGAACAAGCUUCCGAGACUCUCGUGUCCAGCCAGAUUGUGGACACCAGUUCUUCUGAGAAUGCGUCUUCCCAGUGGAUGACCACCUCUUGGGUCAAGCCUGACCUCGUCGAGAUGUUCAAUCAGCUCAAUUCAAGUGCAGCUGAGAUUUGUCAGAUCGCAGAUGCCCCGAUUAGCCCACCAGUUGUUCCUGUCGCAGGUGCUCCAGAGACAAUGGGCAACUCGACUAUAGAUCCUGAAGGUUCUGCAACCACCAUUCCCGUUGCAACUGCAGCAAGUCCUCCUAACCCGCCCCCAGCACCUGAAACUCCGCAGAGUCCCAAUUCUCCUGUGGCAGAGAAUCCUACUCAUUCAGAAACUCCCUCGCCCACUAUCGAAACCCCAAUCGUCACCAAGGCGACAUCGGGCAGCCAAGAACCUAUUUCAUUGUCUGCAGCAGCUUCGGCGACCAAGUCACAGAACAUUACAUCGUCGCAGAAGAACAGAACCAGCAGCACCUCGUCUGCAGCCUCAUCCCUGCCUACCAUUCAAGAAAGCUUCUUUAAGGCCGUCUCGAGGAGACUACAAUUGUUGGAAACCAAUUCAACACUGUCAUUAAAGUAUAUCGAAGAGCAAUCAAAGAUUCUGAGGGAGGCUUUCACAAAGGUGGAAAAGAAACAACUACAGAGGACUAAUACUUUCUUGGAUACACUGAACAGCACUGUCCUCGCAGAAUUACGUGGCUUCCGACAGCAGUAUGAUGAGAUCUGGCAGUCCACGGUGAUCUCCCUCGAGAGUCAGAGGGAUGAAUCAAGGCGAGAAAUACUAGCCAUCACUGCGCGGCUUAACAUCCUGGCAGACGAGGUCGUUUUCCAGAAACGCAUGUCGAUCGUCCAAUCCGUCCUGCUCUUACUUUGUCUUGGACUUGUUAUAUUCUCGCGCGUCUCGGCGACGGGAGCUCUGGAUUUCCAAAGCAUGCAGAUGAGGGCGAGAAAUCUGGGGUUCCCCAUCAGUCCUAUCGAGAGCCCUCUCGAAAGCCCUUCGGUCCGCCGCUCGGGAUCUAUGAGAGACCGUGGGCAGUGGCUUGAUUCGGAUGACAGAAGACGGCGAUCUGCCGAAUCCCCCAUCUCGAGGCCCGGGAGUAGAGAGCGUUCGCCGCCGACUCCUGUUUCCCCUUACUCAACAUCAGACAAUGCUUUGACUCCCCCAUCUGGCGCGGAUGACAACCUGGUGGGUUCUACAGGCAGCCUCCCGGCUACAAGCCCUAAACACCUGGGACUUCCAGGCCAAUCUCAUAAUCCAAAGCCAAGUUCUAUGCCUUGGCAUGAGCGCAGCGAUGGCGCCGAACUUACGUUCCUGUCCUCUUCAUCUGUCGAAACCCCAAGCAAGAGAAAGGGGUACAUAAAACAGCAGGACAGCCCUCUAGCAAGUGGUCUAGAUAGUGACUUGGUUGAUGAUCCUCAAUCUCGUCUGGAGCAUCCAGUCUUCAUACAGCAAGAGCAGAACAAGUCCGCAGAAGGUUCGCCACGUCUACCCUCUCCACCGCCGGAGAGAGAAAAGGGGAAUAUUGAAUUUAGCAUUGCGCGCAAGCCGCUUCCAGCUUUACCGCAUGGCAGCUAA